AUGUACGCGGGCGCAGGCCAAGGACCCUUCUUUCUCCCGCCGGGAGGCUCUCCCUCUGCGCCAGGCUUCGGUCCUUUCUUCGCGUCGCCGCCUGCCGCCUUCUCUGAAGUCGCUUACGCCGCGUCGUUCGCCGCCAACGGCGGCCCCGCCGCCUACACGGGCGAGACGCGCGAGGCCGCCGGCGCCUCUUCCUCGCAGGUUCCGCGGUCUUUUGACUGGGCGCCGGUCUCCCCUCUCUCCCGCGCCUCCUUGGGGCCCUGCCGCCUCAGCGGUCUGCGCGUCGUCGACUGUCGCUUCGGAGAGCCCGAGGGCUUGCAGCAGCGGGGCGACGCGCACUCGGCAGUCUCGCCUUCAGCGGUCGACGGCGUCUCCCGCGCGUCCGCGGCGGCGUCCUCUGCAGCGGCUGCUCAGGUGGCGCCCGCUGGCGAGGUCGGUCCCUGGCGGCUGUCGGACUUCUUCACGAAAGACGCGCGCGCGCGGCGGGUGCUGCCUUGCACUCUCUCUGACAAGGACGCAACGCUCAACGCCGCCGUCAGCGCGGGAGACGGACCCGCGCUCUCGCAGUUCGAGCUGCAGCUGAGGCACCUUGUGACGGGCGAGCGCCCGCCGCAGCCGUGGCUCGACUACUGCAUUCAGGGGAGGAGACGCGAAGCGCCGCGCCGCAACGGCGAGGCGAGGCGCGCAGAGGACGCGAGGAGAAGCGGCGGUCAGGAGCACACGGGAGAGACAGGCGACAGGGAAGACGAAGACGACGGCAACGCCUUCAUUCGGCGCUUCCUCGCUGUCGAGGCGACACCCGGAGAUCUGCCCUCGUGUCCGCUGCUGUCGACCGUGCAGCGGGACGGCCUGGCGUUGCUGCUCGCGGGCUCGCGCGCGAGUGUCGGCGUGUGCGAAGGGGGCCGGUUUUCCUGGGAAGUGAAAAUCGUUCAACUGGAGAAGGCGCGGGAGGACAUCGAGCCCGCGCUGCCUCCGUCGCCGCUUUCCCUGGCUGCCCCAGACGAGCCGAGACUCGCCUCCGCUGACGCCCCCGCUGACACCCCCGCUGACACCCCCGCUGACGCCUCCGCCGACUCAUCCGCCGUUUCAUCAGAGGACAGUUCCGUGCCAGGGGCUGCGGCGACAGGCGCGGCAGACGCCAGCGGCUUCCCUGCGAAGACAGGGUCGCCCUCGUCUCUUCCGCCUGCGGCAGCGCCCGAGGGAGAGAUGGGGGACUCCGCGGAGACUCAGGCAGGCACAAGCGAAGUCACUGGCGCCUCUGCGUCCUCUUCGUCGCCCGCGGCUGCGCCGUCGUCGUCGCCUCAGGACUCUCCUUCUUCGCAGUUUCCAGCGGUGCCGGCGGCUGCGGGCGGAGGGAGCCGAGCGCCGAGUCCUCUCGCCGCGUCGCUGCUGCGGGGGCUCGUCCGCGUGGGCGUUUGCACCGCGGAAGACUCGCUCUUUUUGGGCGACAGCGCGACGAGCUUGGGGAUCGACUCAGAGGGCGGCGUCUUCUACGGCGGCGAGGUCACCCGAGCCCUCCGCGGGACAGUCGAGGGCGACGGAGAACCCCGCUUGUCCUCGACGGCGCUCUCUUCGUUUCCUUCCUGUUACUCGCCACAGGACUAUCGUCCCGCAUCGUCUGCGCCCGCAGACGCUGACGGCGGAGCUGCCUCAAGUGCGUUGCCCUUCGCCAGCGGCCCGCCGGAGGCUGAGGGAUUGCGUCUCAGUUCUUCGCAGGCAGUCGACGCGUCGGCCGAGCCCGAAGCGCCCCGUGAGCUCCCUGAGGCUUCGGCGCCGGCGGGCGACGCGGCCGCGUCCGCCUCGCCCCUGGUCGCGGGCCUGAGCUGCGCAGAGCGCGCGUGGAGCUUCGAGGAGGGCGACGUCAUCUCCGUCGUCCUGAACAUGCGGCGUGAAGCCCCGUGCCCCACUACAGGCCUGUGUCGAACCUGCAGCGGCGAAGUCACGCGGGACUUGAAGGACGCAAAGGCCAGCGCGGGCGCGACGGAGACGGACGGAGGAAGUCGCGCGCUGCACCCGGGCGCGGAGGAUGCGCAGGGCAAGCCCGAAGAUGGCGCUGCAUCUCACCUGCCUUCGGUGGGGAGGGACGACGCAGAGGAGGCGAAAGCGCGGGCUGCGGAGACUGGCGGCAAGCGCAAGCGGCGGCGAAAUCGACGGGCUGCCGUGUCUGCUCUGGGAGGCGCUUUGUCGUGGGUCGACAGAGGAGACAGUAGAGCGGCAGCCGAGAGUGGCGGUCCGCAUGCAGGGAACGGGAGCGGCGAAGAAAGGCAAACUUGCUCUUGCUGGUCUAUCUCGUUCUUCAGGAAUGGCGUCCGACUUCUCGGAGCCGUCAAACUUCCGAAGGCUUGCGAGGGAAAAAUUCUCUUCCCGUGUGUUAACGUCAGAGGCGUGGUGACAGUCUUGGUGAACUUUGGCUCGCGCCCGGCGUUCUGUCCUCUGCCUUUCUGGUGCCCGAUGCUGCAAGCGCAUCCGCUGUGCGCCGUCCCAGUCGUUUUCCCGUCGCCCCACUACGUCGACCUCGCGCCUGGCGCGCCUGCGUCUGGGACCCCAGUCGCCCCUGCGGAGGUCACUGUCUGUGUCGGGCUGCCAGGCUGCGGGCUCUUGGACUUCGUCGACAGCUGGAAGGCCGCGCGGGAGAAGGCGCGCGGCAGGCCCAUCACCGAGAUCUCCUCUCGUGCCCUCGCCCUCUGGGCGCGGGCUACUUUAUUCGCGGAGCAGCGCGAGGGGUGUCUCUGGACGCGCCGGCGAGCAGCGCUAGAUGCGGAAAAAAGAGACUCUCAGGCGAGAGGGGAGCGCGAGGCAGCGGUCGCGCCGGCCCCGCGGGCGCCGCGGCAUCGGGGCGCCCUGGGGCCCGACGAUCAAACGGCAGCCGGGUUCCUUGCGGAGGUUCUGGGCGCGUUGAGCUCCAUGGCGGGGACCGCCCCUGGGGCCGGGGCCGCGUGGGGUCCGACCGCAGUCGGAGGCCAGGGACUCGCCUCUGCCCCACAGGAGACGGGCGAGCGGGGAUGGGAAGACGAGGAAGGGCGAGACCGGGAAGACGCUACCUGGAGUUGGCGAGGCGGAAGAGACGAAGACGUCGUCGCGGAGCCGUUUACUCUGCCUACGGGUAGCGGGGCGCUUGACAACUUGCCCGUUUUGAAGGCGGCGCUUUACUUGAUUGCCGCGUCGUGUCGUCGCGGCGACUUUCUGAUCGUCGACAUUCUUUCGAACCUGCAGCAGCGACAGCGGCGCGAACUGCUGGCGGUGUUUGGUGCGCCCUGGUUCUCGCGCCGGUGUCUCCUCGUCGUGGGGCCGCCGCCUGCGAGCUUCGCCGCGCAGCAGCAAAUCAAGCUUCACGGGGAGCAGCCCAGACUCCGGUCGCUCAUUCGCGAGCUGCGGAACCGACGCGCGUGGGCGGAAGCCGCCAACGACGCCGUUUUGCGUCGAGGCCUCGGCGAAGAUCUGGACCGCUUGGAGGGCGAGUUGCGCGAGAAACAAAGCGAGCCCGCGCCCGAGGCCUUCGACCCCAGCAAGCCGUGGAUCAACACCGUGGUGGACGACGUCCCGCUUCGCUACCUCCACGCUCACUUGGACUUCCUCUCGCUGCCCGCUGCCGACGAGGGCUUUGAGGAGACCGAAGUCGCCUGGCGAGGCAGCGCGGAGGCGGCUGAGAAGAAUUUCCAACUUUGGAAGCAGCGCAUGGCAGAUCGACGCUUCCAGGCUCACGUCAAGCCGCCGAUGUGGCUUCAGUCUCAGCUUGCGCUGUGGAGUGAAAAGCGACUGGCCAUGCAGGAGGCGCAGCGCGCCGUCGCGGCUCGGCACGCGCGCGCACUGCUGCAUCUCGACGGCUGGGCGACCGUCCUCCCCGCCGACUUCGAUUUCGGGUUCGCAGACCUCACGCAAUUCAUGAAGGACGGCGGUGACCCCAACAACAGUUCUGUGAAUAAGUUGCUGCAGGCGCUCAAGUCGGUAGAUGAGCACGCAGAGGCCUUGUCGGACUUGCCUGACUCGAGCGGGGCGUCGGUCGGCGCGCCGUCCUUUUUUUCGGUUUUGUCUCUCGCUGGCGCCUCGUUCGACGAGCGCCUGGCGCAGGUCGGCAAGGCGGUUGACGAUGAGGUCGCCUCCUACGCGGCCAGCGAAAGCGCGCGCCGCUUCGACCUCGGCGAGACGCACUGGACGCCAGCAGUGGCGGCCUUCGGCUCCUUUGCCUGCUUCCCCUCAGCGGCGCCCGCGUUUGCACCUUCGCCGCUGUUCCCCGACGCCAGACCCGACGGGGGGCCGUCGACGGGCGCGGCCGCCGGCGCAGCAGCCGCGCGGGGGAGUGGAGACGGAGGACGAGGGUCGGAAGGCUCUGGCGCGCCGCAUCCCAACGGGCUGGAGGCGGCAGACACCUCGUCCUUCGCCGUGGUGCCUGCAGCGCCUGGGCGCAGUCCGCGUCUCACAGUCGGCGCGGCGGUGUCGGGUGCGAAGGGGGGGGACGCUGCGCCGCCCCAGGCGAACUCGCUGGAACUCAUCGUGAAGGAGCACCAGCUGCGCAUGGCGCAGGUCAACAAGGCUGUGGUCAUGUCGCAGGCGGCGGGCCUCUCUGCAGGCGCCGCCGCGGCAGUCGCGACCAGCGCCGCCGCCGCCGUGCUGAGGAAUGGAGACGAGCUCAGCAAGAACUCGGUGAGAUCCCACCUCGUCUGCGAGUCCAUGCCUGGGUCGGUGUCGAUGGGCGUUGUGUCACAGCCCGUGCCGCCGGACGGCCGUUUCCCUAUCUUCAUUCACUUCGAGGCUGAGGACUGGAAGCUGCUCGACGCGCGCGUGGAGCUGCAUAUUUUUCUCCACGCUUUCGCUCAAGUGGUGAAGGAGAACGAAGGACGGCUGCCUGUUGAAUGGUUCGCCCUCUACUACCGCGCCUUCCUGGGGCGGCCGUUCAACGUCGAGGACCUGCCGAGCUGCCUCAACCUGCAGGACGUCUUCGAGCUGCUCGCAGAUACCGUUGGCACGGCCGACGAACCGCCCUUCGUCUAUCCGCUCUUCCCUGCCCACACGCCGCUGGCGACGUUCAUUGCGCUGACUGAGAAGGCGCGCCGCAUUCGGCGGUUCAAAGUCCAGGAGGGGCGAGGACGCAAACUGCGCUCGUGGAGGCCGGUCCCGAAACUCUUUGCGUCAAGCAACGGAUCGGCGUCGAGCGGACCCGCGUCUCUAUCCCCGCGCAAGGGGCUUCCCGGCAGGGGGCGGCGGCCGCGGCGGGGGGGGGCCACGGGCCCAGGGUACCGAGCCUGGCGGCAGCGGGGGGGUGCGAGCCGCGGAGGCGGCGAGGGCGGCGGGGGCGUGUACGGCUCCGCCCCGUACGGGGUGGGGGACGCGAUGGGGUUUGGCGGGCCUGGGGGCCCCGGGGCCUCGGGCACCCCCUACUACUACGACGCCGCCUCCCUGCAGCAGCAGUACAUGCAGUAUUUCCACGCGUACCAGCAACAGUACAUGGGCUACUACCAGCAGCAGCUCAUGCAGAAUCAGCACCCAAGAUGA